AGCUGCAACUUAAUAGAAAAGAAAAAUUGCCGAUAAAACUUAAUCGGAAUUUAAGAAGUGGAUUAGAAGUUAGCUUCGGUAUAUCACUGAAAUUGGAUAAGGAAAAAAUACAGUACGCUGAUGAUGAGGAUAACGUCAAAAGAAACGCUAAUAACGAGUAGUAAAUCAAUAUCAAAGGCAACAAUUCCUAAGUCAGUUCUACUAACUACAGCGGCCACAACUAUACGGGCAAGUGCAAAUGCUUGCAGAGGAGGUAACGUAUCACCCACAACGACAACAACCACUUUAAAAGCAGUAACAAACGUAACAUUUUCGGCUCAAUUGUUGGCGCAUAAAGUAAUUAUGGAUGCGACAAGCAUUUUAAUCGCUGCUAAGCAUACAUCAACCCCGCCAAUCACAACAUUACGUAAAGUAAUAACGUUAACAACAAUAACGAAAUCCACAGCGGAAACUGCUUUAUGGAGUUUAAUACGGAAUGCAUGUUUAGUUGUUUUUUUGUUCUUAACGGUGUUGACGCUGCAGCAUGUGAAUGGACAACAGUUGAUUUCAACAACAAUACAAACGACAACGACAACGGAAACGGCAGCUACGUUCGCUGUUAAAUCUAAAAAUACAAUAAAGAUAGUUACAUCAAUCAUGAAAGCAACAACAAAAACUGCAGAGCAGCCGAUGAGAGCAUUAUUGAAAGUUGAUAUUAGUGAAAAAGCUGGUUUUCACGAUGGACGAACUAGCCGUAGUGAUCGUGCAGUAAAGUUACAAAUACCACAACAAUUAGCAAAAAAACAUCAACAAAUACAUAAACAAUAUGAGCAGGAACCUUUACUACGCCAAAUUCAAUGGUCGUUAAAGAAUAUUGGCAUGCACUUGAAUUCAUCAAACCAAUGGCCUUAUGAAGUGGAUGUUUUUUCAAUAGGCAAUAACAUAAGCCAAUACAAAAAUAUUGGCCACAGCGACAGAGCAGACACUAUACGUACCAGUCAAAGAAAUGCCGAUCAUCGACAAGAAAUCGUACAGCCUUCAUCUUCCGCAGCAAAGAGAAGAUCUUUCCUCCUCAAUAGCAAACAUAGUAUAAAUUUCAGCAAUAUUGAUAUGGAAGUACCAAAUAUAGAAGAUGAUUAUACUCGCGACGACGGUCUGAUACAUUACAGUAUGCGUAUUUAUGGUAAAUCCAACAUUAGUAAUUUACUUAACCAGCAUCCAAAAACUGGUUGGACUCGACAAACGAUGCGCCCAAUUAUAGCACCUGACACAAACGCUGUAGCUCCUCCACGUCUGCAAUGGCGACAUCGCAAAAAGCGCAGCGCAAUACAUUUGAACCCACAGCUACAAAGUAACGGCUCCAACGCCAACCCCAUGAGCAAUUCCAAUACCAACAGCAACACUAAUAACAAGAGUAACCAGCAUUACCGCUUGAUCGCGCUUAAUUUCGAGGGUUUAUUAAGCAACUAUGAAGCGGAUAUGCCAAAAUUCGUCGUCAGACAGCAACGUGAAGAAAUUAUCGAUGUCAAAAGCAAAGACGACGUAUUCGGCAUCACCGACUACGAUGAUAGUGACACUAUGAAAUCAGUUGAUAAAAACACAGCACUGAUUGAUAACAACUCACUGACAAUAGACAAUUCGUAUCUCUCUGAACGCGUUAAUUGGAAUGUGCAAUCGCGUCAGUUUGAACAUAAUGAGGAUAAUGGAAGGCUGCUCAAACUUGUAAUGGAUGGCUUGCGGAUGCAACAGUUGCCGGAUAUGAAGAAAGUAAGUAACAGUUUGUGCAUUUUUGCAGAGAUAUUUAUUUCAUAA